GAAGCAUUUCAGCCCAGUAUCCAGCCCUUCUGGGUCACAGGCAGCCUUUCCACCUCCUCUUCCAAUUCAUCUCCUGUUCCUGUCCCCAAUGCUACCCUGCUCCUCUGCUGGGAGAGUGCAGCUGGCUCUCCUGUUAGGCACCUGUGUGUUAGGGAGCAGCUCCAGUCUGCAAGCAUGCAAACAUACCUCUAGCGAAGAAUGUAUGCAGUCCAGGAUUUUGUUGCUAAUUAACGUUAUAUUGGAUCACAACAUCUCUCAUAGUUUUUGAAGAUGAUGGAAACAUGGUACAACUGCCUGGCGGGAAGUUCCAAAUGGGAGCAAAUUCACCUGACGGUAAAAAUGAAGGGCCUCUCCAGGAGGUGACAGUGAAGUCAUUUGGUAUUGACAAAUAUCCUGUCACCAACCGGGAUUUCAGGGAGUUUGUUCGAGAAAAGAAAUAUAAAACCGAAGCAGAAGCCUUCGGCUGGAGCUUUGUCUUUGAGGAUUUUGUAUCCGAAGAGCUGAAAAAAAAAGUGACCCAAAAACUGGAGUCUGCCCCUUGGUGGUUGCCGAUUGACAAUGCAUUUUGGCGACAGCCAGCAGGUCCAGGAUCUGGGAUAAAAACCAAGCUGGACUACCCCGUGCUACACGUGAGCUGGAAUGAUGCACAGGCAUACUGCAAGUGGAAAGGGAAGAGACUCCCUACUGAGGCAGAGUGGGAAUUUGCUGCAAGGGGAGGACUAGAGAGCAGAGUAUAUCCUUGGGGGAACAAAUUUCAACCAAAUCGUACAAAUCUCUGGCAGGGAAUCUUCCCAAAGAUCGAUACGGCAGAAGAUGGUUACCAUGGUGUUUCCCCAGUGAACGCAUUCUCUCCUCAGAACAACUAUGGGCUCUAUGACCUGUUAGGAAACACCUGGGAAUGGACUGCAUCAGAGUAUCAAUCUCAUGGACCUGUAUCAAGGCAGCGUGCUCAGAAAAUGCACGUCCUGCGAGGUGCAUCUUGGAUUGACACAGUAGACGGAUCGGCCAAUCACAAAGCUCGUGUUACUACUAGGAUGGGAAACACACCAGACUCUGCCUCAGAUAACCUGGGUUUCCGCUGUGCUGCCCACAUCCUGAGUCGGAAAACGGACAGUAAAACAGAGCUGUGAUGACAUCACUUAUUGGAAUGGUCCUGAGACGUUUUCUCCCGUGGAGACGCCAGCGAUUCCCUGCAGCUAUGUUGGAUCGAAGUUUGGCGAGUUUUAAAAAUAAACAUUUGCUACUCAUA